AAUCUUAUUAACGGUAAUGUAUUCAAAUGGAUAGUGGUGUAUCCUUUAAAUACUCCAACGUAUGUAGCGUUUGUUCACUACUCUUCUACUUCUCUCUGCGCCUCUCUCUACAGUAGUUUGUUACUUCGCCGUAGAUCUGAAUUCGAUCUAGCCGGUUGCUUGGUAUAAUUCAGGAUUUUUAAGAGAUAAUGGGUCGUGGAGUGAGCAGCGGUGGAGGUCAAAGUUCUCUGGGAUACCUAUUUGGUGGCAAUGAAGCUCCUGCGCCAAGACCGGCUGCAACUAAUGUGGAGGCUCCUCCGAGGAAUUCAGCUCCACCGGCAAGUGCAGUGGUUGCAGACAAGUCAUCUGCUGUUGCACCAUCUGGUGGGGAUGCUCCCAAGCAGAUUCCAGCUGGCAUACAGGGCAGCCAGAGUAACAACAACUAUUUCCGCGCAGAUGGCCAGAACACCGGCAACUUCCUCACGGAUCGACCAUCCACCAAAGUCCAUGCUGCCCCGGGAGGUGGAUCUUCCCUAGGAUACCUUUUUGGAGAUGGCAAGUAGAAUCUUCAUACCUCUUCCAAUUCGAAGAUGAAGUUAUGUUUGCUGUGUUUCCCUCUGAAGUGGGGGGCCGACAUCUAGAGUAGCUUCAGACAUUGUGAAUUGUAAUACUACUGUAUAUGUUAUUUUGUUUUCCUAAAUCGAGCAUUGCUUCCCUUGCUCCUCGAGUCAAUUCAAGAAGCCACUUGCUGCUGUCUGGAUGCAGAUUAUUAAUUGUAAUAAUUUGCUUUUUUCA